CAUCUAUAUAUAAUCAAAUUGUGAUGUAAAUGAUUAUUUUGUCACAAACCUAGCCCAUAACAGAUAAUAUAAUGCAGCAAGAGCAUCUUUUGUGGGAACUGGAGGAAAGUAUACUCUCUCGGAUUCCACUGAAAUCUGUAGCUCGAUUCAGAUCUGUUUGCAAACGAUGGAACACUCUUUUAAAUGAUUUGAAGUUCAUUAACAAUCAUUUGGCUCGUCCACAGUUCGUCUUGAUUUCCGAAUCUAAGACUUGUUCAGUAGACGUUAAUUUCGACGGUCCAUCUAUAGAAGUGCAUGACUUACCCUCCGAUAUUCCCAACUAUCAACAUAGGAUGGUCAUGAGAAUGCACUAUUGCGAGGGACUAUUGAUUUAUGCCACAUCUAAGGGCUUCGGGAUUUGCAACCCAUGGUUAAGACGUAUUAGAUGGAUCAAAUCGAAACCAUCAUUUUGUUGGUUGAUUGGGAUGGGUUACGACUAUAGUAAACCCGACAACCAUUACAAGAUCUUUGGGUCUCGUAUGAAUUAUGACACCAGGUAUGUUAAUAUCACGGAGGUUGGAUCCAAUGCAUGGAAAUCGUACGAGUUUUCAUCCCAUAGCUGGAGUAUGGUUUCGUCGUCCAACUAUACUAUAUCUCUGAAUGGAACUUUGUAUUGGAUUGCUGUUAAAAGAAGUGCACGCCAGCCUUUUAUUCUAAGUUUUGAUUUUUCUAUUGAAAGUCUCAAACCCUAUUGUAACUUGCCUGGCAAAAACGAUCUAUCAAAUGUUAGAACUCUUGAGAUUUAUAGGAGAGAUCGAUUUUCUAUUUUAGAGCAAGACUGGAACACAAGGAAUAUUGAGAUUUGGGUGACAAAAGAUAAGAUUAAAAAUGGGGAUGGAGAAUCCGUAGAGUGGAUGAAGUUCAUGAAUGUGUUAGUUCCUAUAUGGUCAAAUAUAGUAGUUGACGACUUACAUAGACCAAGUUACUUCAUCGACGAGAAAAGUAAUGGUCUCGCAUUGUGUUGCAUUAAUAAAAACGGAAAUACGGGUAUUUAUAUUGUCAAGGGAGAUAAGUUUCACGAAAUUGAAAUAAAUGAGUUGGUUGGGUUUGGAACUCGUCAUCUUACCUAUUAUCCGAGUUUCGUUCCACUUCCUACUGGGGCGAACGAUUCCAAGUCCCAUUUUGCAUUCCCCAGAGGAGUAGAAGCGACCAAUGGAGUUGGAGAAAACGAAUGGGACGAUGGCUUCUUCGAUAAUGUGAAGAAAAUAAGUGUAGGACAAAGUGAUACUGGCGUGGCCUUUGUCAAAUUUGAUUACUCCAACAACAAGGCAGUUGUGAUCGGAGCCGUUCACGGGAAUGCAACACAUAUUACAUAUGAUGACGUUUUAAUCGAUGAUGAUGACUACAUUGAAGCUGUCGAGGGCACCUACAACGACAACUACAUUACCUCCCUCACGUUCCGGUUGCACAAGAGAAAAAUAGCGCCCCGAUAUGGACCCGAGGAUGGGACGCCAUUUGUGCUCCGAGGAGGAGGAGGAGGCAGGAAGAUAAUCGGGUUUUACGGAAGAAACACUGAUGUCUACCUCACCGCUUUCGGUGUCCAUCGCAACGUCCCCAUCUAGAUUUUUUAUUUCCUACAAAACAUGUAGAAAUAUUACUGCAUCAUUAUUUAUGGUGUUGUUUAAACAUAAUGUUA